CGCUGCGUUGAUCCGCUCGCGUUCGACGUGACGCCGCGGCGACGUCGAAGACGUAGGAAACAUGGCUGCUCCCUGCUAGUCAAGCUCAUUCUUUGAAUUUGAUCUUUUUAUGACCAAACAUCCACUUCUGAACGAUGAUUAAUACCAAAGAGAAGAUGGUUCCAUCUGUUGAAGAGCAAGAAGAGAAGGAGAUGGAAGAAGAAGACAGAGAGGAGGAGGAAAAGGAUGAAGAGGAAGAGGCCACAAGUUCAGAUGAUGAUGUUGAGGAGGAGGAGGAGGAAGGAGCAGGUGAAAAGGAAGUAGAAGCAUUGUCACAAGUUGCAAACGAAAACACUUCCUUAUCUCCCGGGAAGAACAAGAAGCUGUCUGAUGUCCUGAAUCUAAACAAUGAGGUGGUGAAGAUGAGGAAGGAGGUGAAGAGGGUCAAGGCUCUGAUCAUCAGGAAGCUUACUCGUCAGAUUGCUGCCUUGAAGAAGAAGAAGGGGAAAGAGGCAGAAGCUGAAAGGAAUCAGAGAAGAGCUGCAAGGCUGCUGGAGGAGGUCCACAGCAUGAAGAAGCUCCCUCCAGACUUGGUGACCAAGACAGCCUUGCAGAAGGACCUUAACUUUGAGCAGGUUUGUAAAAACCCAAAGUCUAGCAUAUCUGACCGAGCCGUUGCACGCAUCGCCACCCACCCUCAGUUCAGUAAGAAGAUUAAGAGCAUCAAAGCUGCUGUUGAAGCCUUCAAAGAGGAGCACACGAAUGCUGGAAGACAGGGAGGUCACCCGAAAGGUCAGAGACAACCAGAAAAAGCCACACAGCCGUCACCAAACACGAGACAAGAUAGAAAAAAUGAGGGAAAAGACAAAUACUGUGCCGUGAACGAACAAAUGCCCGACAGUGAAGGAGGUGAUGUCCUUAAAGGUGCUAAAAAAUCUGGGAAAGAAGACAAAGUGGCCCAAUCACCUGCUACCCCUGAUGUUCACAAGCAAGAGAAACCAGAGGCUAGCUGUGUCCAGUCCACCUCAGUCAGGAGCAGCAGUGCAAAGAGCAGUGUGACGCCUACGCCUCAAAGUAAAGGCGAGGAAAAGAAUGUCAGUCUUCGAUCGGCUCCUGAAUUAGUCCAGAAAAGUACAGAUGUAGAAGAGAGCGACUUGGAGUCGUCAGACGAUGAAGAGAAAGAGUGCUUUGAUGACAGCACAGAGGAGCGCUUUCACAAGCAGUCUUCCCAGUCAGAGGAGAGCGAAGAAGACGACUUCUUUAUAGGAAAAGUUAACAAAUUCAAGAAGAAGAAAACACAGGCAGGAGGUGAAGGGGAAGAGAAGGUGGGUAAAGAACAGGAAGGAAAAAAAAACCUGGGCAAUGUGAAAACUGGAAAACUCCAGAGUGAACUCAAUGAGCUGGAGUCAAGGUUGAAGUCCAAAGCGACCACACUUCAGACCGUUUUCUGCUUGUCGCUGGCUAAGGGUGGGCGGGGUGGCGACAGAGGAAAAGGUAGAGGUAAAUCUGGAGACCAGGGGAACCUCAAAGCUGGCCGAGCUCUAAACAAGUUCACAAAGCAGGAGAACAAAACUUCAAAUUCUGGGUCCAAGUUUAGCAAGCCUACCCCUGAAGGCAGACACCCCAAGUCUGACAGAACAGAAUCUGGGUCUACCGGUAGAGGAAGAGGCAAAGGAGAGGUCCAAAGGCAGAAGGACCGCAGGGGAGGAGGCUUCUUCUCACAUCAGCCUCCACAGCCGGCACUCCAUCCAUCCUGGGAGGCCAGCAAGAAGAGAAAGGAGCAGCAGGGGCAAAUCCUGGCCUUCCAAGGGAAGAAGAUUAAAUUUGAUGAUGAUGAUUGAAAGAAUACUUUUAUUACCCACUAACAUUUGCCUUUUGAGAUGUAUUUAGGUUAUGUUCAUAUUCUGUUCCUCUUAGAUAUAAAGUCUAUUGCCGACAGAUCAACACAUGUAGUCAUUUAUCCGAGCAUAAAUGGAAGACGGUGUGUUGGAGGUACUGUGAACUUUUUUUUUAUUAUAUACUGGCUAGAUCUAAAUGCAGAGAUGUUUAAGACAUCAGAAAAUGAUGGCAAAAUGUGUGCAGUUGGAUGUUUGUUAAGAUGCUCUAGUAAGAUCACACUUUUUAAACUUUGAUUUAUCCUCAACGUGGACACUUUAACAUCACCUAUUUCAGUGUAUAAUCCAGUUCUAUAAAUCUGAUGUAGUGUGACAUCUUUAUUAUGAACCUUUGACUCAAGUUUCUAUUUCUUGUUUUUGCUUCCGUCUGUUGUCUAAGUUUAAUUAACAGCAAAGUUUGGAGGUUAUUUUGUAUUUGUUUCUGUUUCUUUAUACAUAAGUUGCUUCUCAGAUAUAAAAUAUUUAAAAAUAACACAAUUCUAUAAUAAAAUAAGCUGCCUGAUUACGGGA